ACCGGCGCGGAUUUGGGGCGCGCGUGGGGGUCGGGAUGGCCGCGGCGCGUCAUCUUCUCGCCGCGGUGGUGCUCUGGGCCGCGUUCUCCUCUGCCGCGUGUUUCACCGACCCCUCCGAUGCGAUCGGGAUGUGGGAAUUAUAUCGCACACUGGAAUCGCCAUGGCAGCUUUCUGGGUGGACAUUCAUGGGCGGUGACCCCUGUGGCGGAGACGGAGAAUUUGGGUCGUGGCGGGGGGUCUUUUGCAAGGACUCAUGUGUCGUGGCUAUAAACAUUAGUGGCCUUGGGGUCGGAGGGUGGCUUGGCCCAGAACUGCUCAAACUCCACUCUUUGAAAGAGCUUGAUGUGAGCUUCAACAACAUCGCUGGUGAAAUCCCGCCCACUUUGCCCCCAAAUGUGGAAUACUUAAAUUUGGCAGCCAACAAGUUUGAGGGAACUGUACCACCAUCAUUGCCAUAUUUGCACUCCCUUAAAUAUAUGAAUCUCAGCUAUAAUAAUCUCUCUGGAAUAAUUGGUGAUGUAUUCGUUAACAUGAAAAGCUUAGUAACAAUGGACUUAUCAUCCAACUCGUUCGGCGGUGACUUACCAAGAUCAUUUAGUUCGUUGAACAACCUUCACUAUCUUUAUUUACAGCAUAACGACUUCACGGGAUCUGUGAUUUUGUUAGCAGACCUUCCACUGGUAGCACUCAACAUUGAGAAUAAUCACUUCAGUGGUUAUGUGCCUGGAACUUUUGAAUUCAUUCCUGAGCUGAGGAUUGACGGAAACCAUUUUCAACCAGGUUUCAAACGAUCACCGUCCUCAUUUACUAGGACAACACAUUCACCUCCAUCCCCGCAUCAGCCUCGACCUCCAUCUACACCUCCACCUCCACCUCCACCUCCAUCUCCACCUUCACCAGCAGUCAAGCAGAAUUUAAAGCACAGAGCAAAACCUCCACAGCCUUCUGUUGGCUACACUUCUCUGCACAGUUCUAGCCACCAUACGAAGUCACACUCUCGAGUGACAGCAGCUGCAAUAGCUACCAUCACUUGUACAAUAUUUAUACUCUUCAUUGUUGGGUUGAUUCUGAAAAGCUGGAAAGGUUGUACAUGUGACCCGAAGAGCACUGCUGACAAUACCAAGUCUUUACCAGCCAAUUUGGAAGGAGUCCCUAAAACAAAUGAGGUCCUGUACUCUUGGAGUUCUCUUAUGAUGGGUCGUGAUACUUCCUCUAGUAAUAAUAAUAGCAUUAACCCUGGAAGAGUUUCCAAAAGGAAAAGUCUGGCCAAGACAUCCAAAACCCUUGUACCUGCAAAGCAAUUUCUGGCAGUCGACAUUUUGGUGGCUACCAGGAACUUCAAUGAAGAAUGUCUUAUCGGUGAAGGUAUUACUGGCCGAGUUUACAGAGGUGAUUUUCCUGAUGGUCAGCUCCUGGCUAUAAAGAAGAUCAACAUGAUAGAUUUGUCAUUAUCAGAACAAGAUGAGCUCAUGGACAUUCUAUGGAAUAUGUCCAGAUUAAAGCACCCCAAUAUAUCUUCGCUCGUGGGAUAUUGUGUGGAGUUUGGACAUUGUGCUCUUCUAUAUGAGUAUGCAGAAAAUGGCUCCCUUGAUGAUCUUCUGUUUUCAUCAGCCACAAGAUCGAGGGCUUUGUCAUGGAAAGCUCGGAUGAAGAUUGCUCUUGGAGUUGCCUAUGCUUUGGAAUACUUGCAUUUUAUGUGCUCUCCUCCAGUUACCCAUGGAAAUAUUAAAGCUACAAAUAUUUUGCUUGAUGCUCAGCUCAUGCCCUACCUAAGUCACUGUGGGUUAGGAAAGUUCAGCCAUUUUGUCAGCGCCACAAGAAUGGAUUCAGAAGCUCUCAGUGGUGCUAAAGGCUAUGCUGCCCCUGAGGCUAAUGGUUCAGGAACAGAAAUCAUAAAAGCUGAUAUUUACAGUUUUGGUGUGAUAUUGCUUGUGCUUUUGACUGGACAAAAAGCUUUUGACAGUUCAAGAAGGCAGAAUGAGCAGUUUCUAGUUGAUUGGGCCUCUCCUCAUCUCCAUAACCUUGAUUCUCUGGAGGGAAUAACUGAUCCAAGAAUAUGUGGCCACAUGCCACCUAUAGCUAUUUCUGCAUUAGGCAACAUCAUCUUGCUUUGCAUCAAGGAAUCACCAGAUUUACGCCCACCAAUUAGAGUUAUAACAGACAAAUUAGUAAAGCUUGUCCAGUCAACAGGCCUUCAAAAGACCAAUGCAGCACAUCAAUUGGAGGCUGAUGCUCAGGACCCCUCUUUUAUAACAACCCGGCCAUAUUUUGAGCCAUCGUCCACUGUCAGUCAGGCUGCAACUGAGAGCUUCAUCGCCCGCUGACGAAGAUCUGCUCUUCUCCUCGAAUGGCACAUAUCAUGCUACUUUGUGUUCUCAACGUAACUUGGAGUAUCUGAAGCGUUGCGGCUCUUCUCAAAUUUUCCGCAAUUCCAAUUGGUGACACCCAAAGCUGCUGAGUUGAGACGCACUGACCACAGAAGACAACCCUGCGGUGCUUGACCAUGUGGAGUAAGUAACCAAAAUAAACUCGCUCUCUUGCUCACUCUGGUAGAAAGUUGGUGCAAGCAUGGCUAGUAGUAUCUUGUGUGCUGUUAGAAAGUUGGUGCAAGCAUGUGAUGUUGCUUGGAGCGCCCUUUUUGUAAGUAUACUGAUUCCAACUGGCGGAUCCACGUAUGCCCAUUCCCCACUUCUGUAGUCCUGUCUAUAUGCUCUUUUUCCUGUCUUGAAAUUGUGUGGACAAGCUGCCCGUUAGCCAAUUGGCACUGCCUCCCAACACAGCACUGCUCUGGCCUGGUCCUGACCUUACAAUGCUGCUCGGUUCACAUGUCUUGUGAUUUUUUUAGAUGAAUAUAUGCUCCAAGUGAUACGAUAUGAUAUUGUCUGUACAUAAAUACACGACGAUGCCCACUCUUUCUUAAGUGAGCAGUAAUGUUACAGCCGAUAAAACUAACCAUCUAGUCUUUUGUUCUUCGCAACCAAUUCCAUUAGCUGACAGUUCAAAUAACCUUAAUUACGUAUUAAUUCAUGGCAUUCUAGUAGCGGAAACACACUAGUAGUAGAUACCCUCACCCGGCCUGUGUCACGUCGGGAGCAAUAUGGGUGCGUACAUUGUGUACAUCUUAUUCCCAAUCCUACACACAGAAAUACAAUCCUAUCCCUUAAUCCUGGAGCCGAGAUCAGAUGGAGAUGCUGUUAGGUAUGCCCCUCCCAGUGACCCCUGGCUCUGAGAAUGGUUUGAGCAGCUCGUAUGGCACGAUGCCAGCGCCGCACCUGUUCUUGUUCUCUGGGUUGUUGUUGCGCUCGUCGAUGGCACCCUCCACCUCCUUGAGCCUGCCGCUGAACUUCUCGAAUGCCGCCUUCACAAUGGGCUCGGCCAACCACGCUGGCUCGGCGUACUCUCCCAUGUACUCCUCAUCAGGCGAGUGUGAGGAGAGAAUGUCCAGAGUUGCCAUCACCUUGAUGGCCUGCAUUUGUGAGGGGAGGCUUUGCAGCAGAACCUCCUCCGGCCUGGCCAUGAAUUUCUUCAUCUCGUCGUCCUGGUUCUCCUCCACCGGGAUGUUCUUCCGCACCACAGUAGGGCGGUUGGGGAAGUAUCCGCCGAAAUGGUACUGCCCAAAGUUGACGGCGGCAUGGUGGCCAGACGUGACCCACAUGAUGGUGCUCAGAAUCUGGGUGAGGUUGUCCUUCGAGUCGCACACCGGCCACCACGGCUCAUCCUUCUUGUCCGCGUGCCCCUUGGUGCGCACCUCCUCCCACCAAGCCUGAAGCUCCUGGUCGCCGGUGACAUCCUCAUCAGACUUGUAGUAGAAAGUUAUGUAGUCGGAUGCCCACUGCUUGAUACAG